GUAUUUUGUUUGCAUUUGUUUAUAUCGUGCAUUCCAUGAGACAGCGAACAUCUCCGCAACAGCAUCGCCACUUACAUCAAACAGUCACGUUAAGUUGAAAUGGGUAAAAAAGAAAUUGAAGGUAAAGACUCGAAGGCUGAUAAAAAUGCCAAGAAGAAGACGAAACGGCGACCACCUCGAUUGACGGGAGUCAGCAAACAACGAAAAAUGGCAAAUGAAAGAGAGAGACGAAGAGUACACGCUUUAAAUUCACAUAUUGAAAACCUUCGGGAGUUAAUUCCACUCUCGCCAUUUGAGAAACGACCAACCAAGACUGAAGUCAUUUGGAUGGCAGCAACUUAUAUCAAAUUUCUCACUGACCUGUUAGAAAAACUGAAAACCGACAAUACUGUUGAAAAUACAUGCGAUGACUCUGAUGAAAUUCGUCAAAGUUUGGACCUAACGUUUGUAGAUAUGGCAGUGUCCGACAUUUUUGGCCUUAAUGAUUGCUCCGCAGUAUCAGAGCUGAAUCUGGACGCUUAUGAACUUUUAUUUCUCACAGACUCAGAGGGAUCUUUAGACGAAAACUGAUUUUCGCUGGAUUAGUAUUUAAAUUUUCAUCACAAGAUUCUGUGCUCAACCCGUUGAUGUCCUUGUAAAACAGACAAUUUAAUCAUCAUUACGCUAAUGGCACAUUUCUUCAUGGUAGUUCAGACAUCGAGUCAUAACAAACACGUAAAUGAAGAUACUUCACUGACGUUAAAAAAUAGGAAAACUGUCUAUCUUAUAAACUUCAGAUCACAAAAGGAACUGACGCAAGUUUUAAAAAUCGCGUCGAGGUCAAGAACGUCAAGAAUCCCACUGAUCUUGGAUCACCCAAAUUCAAGAGUCCUUAAAUAAAAGGAAAUCUAGGUUAAGUUUAGUCAAAUAGGCGGUUGCUCUUGAUGAUAACAUAAAACCCGCACGAUGUAUUUUCAUUGCGAGUUAAACCGAUGAGAAAACAAAUUGGUAUUUCAUGUGAUACCAAACAAACUUGACUUGUUUUGGUUUCCGACUGAAAGAGAUAAUUCCUUUGGUAUUUUUAUUUCUCCUACAAUCGUCUUGUAAGAAGUUAAGAAGGAUUAUGUUCGUAAAUAAAAGUAUUUUUAACACGC